CUCGAUUUGAGAAGCCCCAAGCUUGGUUGUAGGAAACAGACAAGUCAAGCAGCUUGAAGUCCACCCUAAGGUGCCUUAUUAUCCCCGCUUGCCCCUGUUUUCUAGCCCCAACUCCAAGCACUUCCUGGUUCUUGAACCCAACAUCGCCUACUGUGAUCACUCCCUGUACCGGCAACCAAACAAUGAUCUCCUCAAUUUCCCCUCUAUUCUUCCGCCCCCUCCUCCUCCAGCUCCUUCUCCUAAGCACCACGGGCUCAACUCAAACCCACCCCCUUCCAUCCGAGUCCCCCUCCCUCUCACCCGCCAAACUUCCAGUUGCCAUUACAUCCCGCCAGCCAACCCCCAACCCCCUCGACUUCCUCAACCUCCGCGCCAGCCAAGUCUACGCCUCGCCGGACCGAGUCCCGCAGGAGGAAGCGUGUGGGGCGGGCAUGGUGUAUGGCAUGCUCGGCUUCCCACACGCACGUUUCACGGCCGAUGGCCAUGAUUCCGGACUGGUCGGGGAGCUUCAAGUUGAGUGUUUUCAGGGAUUGGUGUUUGAGGGCCUGCCCGUUGGAUAUGCAUUUAGUGUGUUGGCGGUUGAGGUGGAGGGCAUGUUGCAGGUGGAACGAGGGGCGUGGUUGGAUCGGGUGGAGGUUGAGGUUGAGUAUUUUGGGGGGGAGGGCCCAGGACAGUCCAACACAACAGUGACAGAUAAAGGGAGCGACCUGAAACUCAGACCCAGGUUUCAGGGCCCCUAUUCAGGAGCGUUUAGUCUCCUUGUCAACGUCUUCUCUGAAGAUGGUACGUCGCGGACGACCAGAGGCCGGACGACAUGCCCGACCGAAGACUCGAAGCGUGAGAUGGCUGUCAGGUUCCGGCUCUCGUCGAUGCAUGAUCCGACCGACGUUGGCAAUGGCAUCAAGUACCGGGCCACAGUGUCUGAUGUGAGGGUUGGGUUUCAUGUGAUGUGGGUGAGGUGUGAGAAUUAG